AUGGCCUUGAGAACAGCAGGAAGUGUGUUGGUGGUCUUUGUCUGGUCUGUAGCAGUGGUACUGGGUCAGGAUGGCUGGAGUGUUACUUACACCCCUCAGAAUAUCUGUACCUUGAAGGGGUCAACAGUGGAGCUGUUCUGCUUUUACACAUAUCCCAGAGGUCAUACAGUCACAACAACCUUCUGGUUCACUAAAAUUAUAAAUCUAAGAGACGACCCAGACUACAAAGGUCGUGUGACGUACCGUAGCGAUAGGAGGAAUGGCCACACUCUGAGAAUCACAGAACUGAGAGAGAGUGACUCAACUGAGUACAAGUUUAGAUUCAGAACAGAUCAGACCGGAGGGAAGUAUACUGGUGAUCCUGGAGUCACCUUGUCUGUUACAGGUCUUCAGGUGAAAGUGACUGGUGGACAUCAGGAUAAGACACUGACCUGUAUCACCACCUGUAUUCUGACUGACAACCCCACCUACAUCUGGUACAAGAACGGACAACAUCUAGAUGAGAGCACCUCCCCCCAGUACAAAGACCCAGUCUCCAGUAACUAUGAAGACAGUUACUCCUGUGCUGUAAAAGGCCAUGAGGAUCCCCGGAUCUCUUCUUCAGUGUGUGUUCAGGAUCAGGACUGCGUCAGUGUGACUUACACCAACAGGAGAAUCUGUGCCUUGAAGGGGUCAUCAGUGGACAUAUCCUGUACUUAUGGCAGUGGUUAUGAUACGAUCACAUCAUCACUCUGGUUUAGUCCUAAUCAGAGUGACAGCUGGAGGGAUGAGUUGAUCCCUGAGGACCUAACCACAGACCCAAGAUAUGCAGGUCGUGAGGAGUAUGCUGGAGAGAAGGAGAGAGGUCAAUCCACCCUGAGAAUCACAGAUCUGAGAGAGGAGGACUCUGCCGAGUACAAGUUCAUAUUCAACUCAGAAACCUCAGGAUGGGGGUACAGCUUCCCUGGAACAACUCUGACUGUCACAGGUCUUCAGGUGCGGUUUAAGGAUCCAACCAACAUCAUAGAGGGAAAGUGUCUUUGUCUGUUCUGUGAGUCCAUAUGCUUUCUGCAGGACAACCCCUCUUACAUCUGGUACAAGAACGGACAACGUCUGAUCAGACACGAGACCAAGUACCUGAUCCUAGACCCAGUCAGCAGUAAGGAUGCAGGCAGAUACUCCUGUGCUGUAGAAAACCAUGAGGAUCUCCCCUCUCCUGAAGAGACUCUCACUGUCACAUAUGGUCCAAAGAACACCUCAGUAUCAGUCAGUCCCUCUGGUGAAAUAGUGGAGGACAGUUCAGUGACUCUAACCUGCAGCAGUGAUGCCAACCCACCUGUGGACAAAUACACCUGGUACAAGAAGAAUGUAACCUCACCAAAAGCAUCAGGACAGAGUUACAGCAUCACAAACAUCAUCUCUGAGGACAGAGGAGAAUAUUACUGUGAGGCUGGGAAUACAAUAGCAUCUAAUAACUCUACAGCUCUGAUGAUCAUUAUAGCAGCGAAACAAACCUCAGUUCUGACUGCAGCUGUAGGAAUUAUAGUGGUUGUUCUGGUUGUCAUACUCUGUCUCUCUGGACUGUGGUUCAGGAAUAAGCGGAACAAAUCUACCUCUGACACAAGAGACACAGCAGACGAUGGACAGGGAGACUCUAGUCCAGUGUAUGACAACAUCUCAAGCAUGGCCAUGACCCCUACAGACAACCACUAUGACGUUCACUAUCCUAGGGUCCACUUCUCUCGCUUCAAAAACCAGGAAGUUCCUCUGUACUCCACCGUCCAACUGCCUCAACCGCAGAAACAGGAAGAGGAUGUCCAGUACGCUGCCGUGAAAUUCAACCACCCCAGUGCUGCCCCCCCACCUGCAGCAGCACAAGCAGCUGAGGAGGACUCCUCUGUUGUCUACAGUACAGUCAACAAACCCAGAAACAAGAAGACCUGA